UUGCCGGUUGUAUCUGCAACUCCCGAUGAGGCUUGUGGCGAAGUGUCAUGUUCAUCACAGUUGGCUCGUCUAGAGAGUCUUGGCGAAGAAGAUAAUUCGCUCGCCUCAAGCGUUUUCAGUGAACAACCCCUUAUGAUGAUAAAUGCCGACGCAUCUGUUGUUGCUUCUAGUACAGACAGUAUUGAUCAUUCGAUCGGAAAGCACGUUUGUUUUAAGACUGAUAAAGCUGCGAACGAUGUUGGCUCCAAGUACAAUGAUUGUACUACGGAUGCUGAGGAUGAAGUCGAUCAUAAUGCAGAUAUGUGUCGUGGAACUGAGGUUGAGCAGCAUUGUAUGUCAGCAUUGUCUCUCAAUAUUAAACAUUCACAACGGCCUGCAGAAGUAACAGAUGAAUCUGGUGUUCUUUUAAUGGAAGACGAGGUGCUUAAUGUAACCGCUGCAGUUACUCCCGCGACAACUGCUAAUGAUGACGCUGGAAGUACGGAAGGUGAAGAGGAUAUGGAAGUUGGUAAACCGACAGACCAAGAAGAGGAAGAAGAAGUCAGCAAAGGGCCUGCUAGAUUAUCAUCUUGCGCCAAACCAGAUCCUGAGCGUAGUGUUAGCGACGUCGGCCCACUUGGUCCGAAUUCCUGCUAUAGAUCAGCCCCCUCUCUUUCCACUGCAGACUCUUCUGGCAAUAUUGAAAUAUGUGGUGCAUUGAGUUGCGCCCUAAAUGACACAUUUGCCCUAUCUCCUCGAUCUCCUGUGUGUUUGCAUUCCCCUCCUAGUGCCCAGGCUUGUCCCAGACAGGACCGACUGUCUAAUAAAAGCCAUAAGAAGCACUAUUCGAUCAGCUGCACUGGUAGAGAUGUGGUCACCGACAUUGUAUCAUGCAAGCGUGAUUUAAUUAAAAGGAACAACCUCAUUCACAGUGCGGGUGUUAAAUUGUCGGAUAUGGAAUUUUGUGCCAAAAAAUCACCUUGUUGUGCUACAUCUAAUCCUUCUUUGUGUUACAGUAGUGAUGAGCAGCUAGAGCCUCCCAACAGUCGUUUGAAUGGCGUUCUUACUACUCUUUCAUCCUAUCCAUCUUCUGUCUCGCUUGCUUCUGUUUCCUUCGAAAAUGGCAGUUCAGUCGUGAACGGUAAUGGACCUAAUAGCAAAAAUAUGCCUGCUAUUGCCGACGAAAUGAUUUCCCAAGGGCAUUCUUCGGAUAGCUGUGUUAAUAUUUCCUCAAUGGAGGCUUCAGGCAGUAUGGACCGACGUCGUGAGAUGAUUCUUAAUCUGGGGACC